GGCUAUGCAGAAGCUGAACCAAUAUUAGCGUCUGUUAUUUUGGAUGUUAUCUGCACAAGGAGCCAAGAUAGGGCUUUCGGUUUGUUUUUAAUUUGAAGGAGGGGUUCUUUCCGGGGCCCGUGACGCCGGUAUUAUAUUAAGACUGGGGCAGGAACUCCGUAAAAUCGACCUGACUCACUGACCGUGAGCGUCAGGUCUAUCCAAGAUGGCGUGCUGUCUGAGCGCUGAACAACAGGAACAAAAACGCAUCAAUCAGGAGAUCGAAAGACAAUUGCGCAAAGACAAAAGGGAUGCUAGAAGAGAACUUAAACUUUUAUUACUUGGGACGGGAGAGAGUGGGAAGAGUACAUUUAUCAAACAGAUGAGGAUUAUCCAUGGUACAGGCUAUUCCGAGGAUGACAAAAGAAGCUUCAUCAAGAUAGUGUACCAGAAUAUCUUUAUGGCAAUGAAUGCAAUGAUACGAGCUAUGGACACAUUGAAAAUCAGCUACAAAGACCCUAACAAUGAGGAGAGAAAAGGGGAGAUGUUAGAAUUGGUAGGACGAAGCCUCACGAUACUGGAAGGACAGGAGAAUGCAAAUUUGAUACGGCAGAUUGAUCAUGAGACGGUUACAUCAUUUGAACAACAGUUUGUAGAGGCUAUCAAAGCUUUGUGGGCUGACAGUGGAAUACAGGAGUGUUAUGAUAGGAGGAGAGAGUACCAGCUGACCGAUUCGGCUAAAUAUUACCUUGAUGAUGUUGACAGAAUAACGCAGCCCGAUUAUUUACCAUCUUUACAGGAUAUCCUUCGAGUGAGAUCCCCAACCACGGGCAUCAUAGAAUAUCCAUUUGACUUGGAUAGUAUAAUAUUUAGAAUGGUAGACGUUGGAGGCCAGAGGUCGGAGAGGCGAAAAUGGAUCCACUGUUUUGAAAAUGUUACGUCCAUUAUGUUCCUAGUAGCCUUAAGUGAAUACGACCAGGUUCUUGUUGAAUCAGAUAAUGAAAACCGUAUGGAAGAAUCGAAAGCGUUGUUUCGCACGAUUAUCACGUAUCCAUGGUUUCAGAAUUCAUCAGUCAUAUUAUUCCUUAACAAGAAGGAUCUAUUGGAAGAGAAGAUUAUGCAUUCACAUCUGGUAGACUAUUUUCCCGAGUUUGAUGGUCCAAAAAAAGAUGCGCAGGCAGCCAGAGAGUUUAUAUUACGUAUGUUUGUGGAUCUAAAUCCCGAUCCUGACAAAAUAAUUUACUCUCACUUUACUUGUGCCACAGAUACUGAGAAUAUUCGCUUUGUAUUUGCUGCAGUGAAGGACACGAUAUUGCAACUUAAUCUUAAAGAGUAUAACCUAGUGUGAAUCAGUAAAAUGAAGGCUGGACAUGUCCAAUCCUUCGUGCAAAAAGUGACCUUGCUUUAAAUUCAUUAACAUUCAUUGGAUGGUAUUUGUGGGUUGUCACGCCCGACGUGCCAAGUUGGGGUGUUUCUUGCCUCAUGAACGGCCCGUUCUCUCUUUAUCGGGCGCUCCCUUUUUAUAUCUCGACUCCGCCCUCGGUACUCCCACUCAUGUUGGCUUAAGUUAAGACGGCGUGCAAAGACAGGCGUGGAUUUUUGAACUUUUUACCAAAAAUAAAAAGGGAUAAAAUAUUGUGUGAAUUCCUAUAUAUGACAAGUUUCGUGCAUAUCAACUUAAAAAGUUGAGAAAGAGAACUCUUACCUUUGAUGACAAGUUUAUUGACAAGUUGUCCCCCCUUUUUUUAGUGCUCUACAUGUAUUGCUUCUUAGAAAAUUUAUAUACGCAAUGAAAUAUUUGCAAUCUGACAGGCAUUUAUUAUCUCGAGGCUAUACUUUAAACCAUCAUUUUCGGGGGAGUAAGUCACUAAUCAUUGCAGUGAAGAAUUUGUGUUGUAUUAAUCUUGUGAUAAAUAUAUAAAUAUCCAAGUUUUUUUUUUUUGUUUUUUUUUUUCCUGUUUUUUUUCGUUUUCAUAUGAACAGAUGCAUGUUUUUGGGAGUGGUCAGAACAAGGUAUUUUAAAGUUUUUUUAGAGAAAAAGAAAAGAAUUUUUUUUUAUUUUUUUUAAAUUUUUUUUUUUUUUAAUGCUUUGAAACACGAAUAGUUAAAAAAAAAAAAAAAGUAAUAUUGGAACAAGAUGGAGUUGUAAUUCAUUCUGGAAAAUGUGUUCAGAGGAAGUUCAAAUAGAUGAAAGACAUUGAUCCAUUUCUUGCCUGAAUUCUAGAAAAGGAAAUGAGAUAAGAAACCUGCAAAGCUUUUUAUUAUUUCACGACAGUUGGUAUACUUGUGUUGUUUCCUUACGUCAUGGGAUGAAGAUUGAGCAAGGACUGGUUACAGCAAGUGUUCUCCGACCACUGUUAUCUGUGUUCUAGACUCUGCUAUUAAAACUUUGCUGUAAAUUAAAAAACGUACUUUUAUAUAUGUAUCUGAGGUCUACUUAUGACCUCAUAGGCUAUUUAUAGAAUCUGUUGCUAUUUAUAGAUUCUGUGGCUAUUUAUAGACUCUGUGUUUUAUAUGGUGUAAAAUUGUGUUAAAUCUCUUACCGAGACUCAGACAAAAAAUUUUUUUUUUUUUUUUUCUGAUCACUUUUUAAAUCUACAUUAAAUUUCUCAUCAUCAGAAAUAUGGAUGUACUUAUAUGGGACUUUGCUGGUGUAUCUAAAUUUUUUCAUAGAAUGUUUCUGUCAUAAAACAUUGUUCUGUUUGUACUGUAAACAAUUACAAGAUGACAUUUUUAUAUAUAUUACCAAGUAAGCCAGAGCAUUUUUCUAGUCAUACUGAGGGUUUGUUUUAAACUUCAGAAGGGCUGUUAUAGUUAAAAUCAAAAUUAGAAUUGAAUUCCAUACACUACCAAGUCAAUAUUUCAAUAUUUUAACAAGAGCUUACAUUUCACUCCCUCGGGUUUAACGUUGUGCUACAAAAGCGUAAAAGGGCUGUUCUUUUUUACUCCCUGAUAUAUUUUGUAUUAAUGCAUAGCAAUACAACAAAAAGUUUAACAAUUUAUUUCAGUAAAAAUUGAAAUAUUUAAAUAUAAAAAAAAGAAGGAAGAAACCCCAAAAUCACUGUUCAAGCGAAAAAACUUUUCUUAAAAAUUGUUGGAGAGAAAUGAUGCAUAGAAAAAAAAUUGAUACAUAGAAAAAAUUUGAUAUCAGGGUGCAAAUUUUGUUGUCAGAAAGUCAGUUUGAUUAAUUCUUGGUUAUGUAAUAGGAUAUAAUAAUUGUGUUUUAAUUGGUCAGAACUGUUUUCCAGGCCAAAAAAAAAAAAUCAAAACAAAACAACAACAAAAUUCUUCUAGAGUUUUCACACUUUAAGGUUUCAUGAUCUAUUGAUACUGCUGUGUUAAUCUUCACAAAAAUCUUCAACACAACUCACCCAUAUUAUAUUUGAAUAUAAUAUAUAUUCUUUUUUUUUUUAUCAGUUUGAAUUAUAGUAUAAUAUAUAAAUGCACAAACAUUUCACUUGUGUAAAAGUUAUAAUCAAAGAUUAAUCUUUUUUUUUUCAUACAAGUUUUCAAUAAUUUAAUUCAGUAUAGAUAAGUAGUUUCGGAUUUUUUUCACCAUAUUUACCUCCCUUGCCAGAAGUGGCAGCCAUCUUGGAAGAAUUUACACUACAGGUCAAGAAGUUUAAACACAAACUGGUUGUUUGAUUUGUAAUUUCAUUGAUAGUUAACAAAGAUAAACAUUUUCAUGUUCGAUUUACAGUUUCACUGAAGCUUAUCGUUGGUUAUAGUCAACAAAGAUAAACAUUUUCAUGUUCGAUUUACAGUUUCACUGAAGCUUAUUGUUGGUUAUAGUCAACAAAAAUAAACAUUUUCAUGUUCGAUUUACAGUUUCACUGAAGCUUCUCGUUGGUUAUAGUCAACAAAGAUAAACAUUUUCAUGUUCGAUUUACAGUUUCACUGAAGCUUCUCGUUGGUUAUAGUCAACAAAGGUAAACAUUUUCAUGUUCGAUUUACAGUUUCACUGAAGCUUCUCGUUGGUUAUAGUCAACAAAGGUAAACAUUUUCAUGUUCGAUUUACAGUUUCACUGAAGCUUCUCGUUGGUUAUAGUCAACAAAGGUAAACAUUUUCAUGUUCGAUUUACAGUUUCACUGAAGCUUCUCGUUGGUUAUAGUCAACAAAGAUAAACAUUUUCAUGUUCGAUUUACAGUUUCACAGAAGCUUCUCGUUGGUUAUAGUCAACAAAGAUAAACAUUUUCAUGUUCGAUUUACAGUUUCACUGAAGCUUCUCGUUGGUUAUAGUCAACAAAGAUAAACAUUUUCAUGUUCGAUUUACAGUUUCACUGAAGCUUCUCGUUGGUUAUAGUCAACAAAGAUAAACAUUUUCAUGUUCGAUUUACAGUUUCACUGAAGCUUCUCGUUGGUUAUAGUCAACAAAGAUAAACAUUUUCAUGUUCGAUUUACAGUUUCACUGAAGCUUCUCGUUGGUUAUAGUCAACAAAGAUAAACAUUUUCAUGUUCGAUUUACAGUUUCACUGAAGCUUCUCGUUGGUUAUAGUCAACAAAGAUAAACAUUUUCAUGUUCGAUUUACAGUUUCACUGAAGCUUCUCGUUGGUUAUAGUCAACAAAGAUAAACAUUUUCAUGUUCGAUUUACAGUUUCACUGAAGCUUCUCGUUGGUUAUGUUCAGAAAUAAACCUGUAAUAAUCUAAGUUUUCUUGUAUGUUAAAAAUCCAUGUCUAUAUUUAUUUAAUGAUGACAAAAUGUUUUAUUUAUUUUCAAUCAUUUACUUUCUCGUUGGGUUUAUUUUUUUUUACAUCAUGUAUGGUAUAAUUAAUGUUGUUUUUGUUUUCUCCCUCUUUUUACAUUUCAAUUUGAAACACACAGCUGUUAAAAUCUGCAUAAUUUAAAUUAUACAUGUUUAUAUACAUGAUACACUAUCUAAUAGUCAAAUAGUUUUGUUGUACAUAUAUAAUAAUUAUAUAUAUAUAUAUAUAUUUUUUUUUUUUGGAAAUACAAAUUUAAGACAAGAAUUGGUGGUCUUUGUGUAAGAGACAUCGACCAGUCACAUUUUGAUUAUCUGAUUGACCCGCACACCUGCUUUAACCAUGACUUAUAAAUUUAAAAUAAAAAAUCAAACAUAAACUAUACUGCCCUUUAAAGGGACUCCAUUGAGGUCAAAAUCGUAAAUAAUAAAAAAAAAAUGUUAUUCUUUCAAAGAUUUGCUGAAACAAGUUAAAUUGAAAGAUAUUGGCAAGUGAUGUACCCAGAACUAAAUUAAAAAUCGUAUUUGACAGAAAAAAAUGUGUUUAAACACUUUAUUCAUUUUUUGGACUAUGAAAAUAAUUGUUCUGGUUGGAAGUAGUAAAUGAAUGAUCUGAAAUUUUUGCGCAUUAAGUCAUUGGUACAGAACGAAUGAAAUUAAUCUCAGUUAAAGUGAAAAAUAUUUCCAGUAUUUUCGAGUUACAAGACCAUAAAAAAAAUAUUUCCAGUAUUUUCGAGUUAUAAAACAUCGAUGGACUCCCUUUAAGGAAAGUUUUAGGAUACAAUUGAAAUAAUUUACCCAUUUUUUACUGAAAUUUCACAUUGAUAAAAAAAACCCCAUUGGAUGGUUUUUCUUUUCUUACCUACAGUUACAUCUAUAUAUCUGUUAUUAUACUACCCGAAAUUUUCAACUUGAUAUCAUAUUUUUACUCGUCUGUUUUGAAAAAAAAAGUAGAGCUAUCACGUUGUACAAACAAUUUUAAUGUAGCCCAUUGUUCAAAUUUUUUUAGUUAUCAAUAUGAAACUUGAAAUACUUUCUUAUCAUGGCAAGAUGCUGUUGUUAGGCAAGGGCAUAACUCUGAAAGCAUUUUUUUGGAGUUGUGCCCCUUUUUAACAUAAAAUUUUUGUCAAAAUCAGUUACACUUAACUUGAGAGACAAGUGGUAACACCGCAUGCGUGUGGCGCUCUUGUUUUUUUUCUUUCUUUCUUACUGUACGAAACUAAUACUGGAUCAUAUCUCUGCUUUUAAAAAAUGUUAAGAUUAUCAAAAUCUUGACUGACGUGUUUUAUAAAUAUAUUGGCAACAUAAAAAAAAAGAAGCCAAGUUAGUUACCUUGGAAACCAAGUUUUUUAUGAGAUGAUUUAAUGUUAACUACUGCGUUGUGUUUAUAUUGCCUUUGUUUUGUUUUGUUUGUUGUGAAUUAAAAUGAAUUGAUAUUGACAUUUAGAAACGAGACUAGAACUACAUUUCAUUUAAGAGAACUUUUAUUGUCAUUGUGUCAAAAUUUUCUGUGUAAAAUAAGGAAAGUUUCAUUUAAGUUAAAUUUUAACAGUGAUUGCGUGAAAAAUUUGGUGUGUAGUAAUACAAGGCUAGGAUUUUUUUUUUAAUGAAAAUUGCGUCAUUUUACUGUAUAGUUCCGAAUAUUUCAUAUAACUGACUUCUGAAUAUUUCAUUUAAGAGAACUUUUAACAGUCACUGCUUUCAAAAAAAUAUUUGGUAAUACGGAUAUUAGGAAAUUUUUUUUAAUGAAAAAUUACAUUGUACUUGCUGUAUCCUUAGGAACAUAUUAUUUAAGAGAACUUUACUUUGUUUCAUUGCUUGAAAUUCUGUGGUAAGUAAUACAACGUUAGGAUUAUUUUAUGAUUUAUUUUUUGUUAAUGAAAAUUGCAUCAUACUUUUUGUUUUCUUAGGAAUAUGUUAUGGUGAUCUAUUUCAAAUGGUACAAUUUUAAAAAGUGCUAUAUUUUAUUCCCUGCAUAGAUAGAAGAUAUUUUAAUCUUAUAGUAUAUCUUUAAUUCCAAAGUUUGAAAUUGAUAAGUUUGUACUAUAUAAAUUCUACAAACAAUAAAAUUGAUGGUCGGAUUAAAUUGAUAAAUUUUUAUAAUUCUGUCCGAUAAUGACAGAACAUAUACGUGUAGACUUGUUGCAAAAUUUACAAUUUACAAUAUUUAAGGCUUUUUCACUAGUUAAUUCAGGGGUACAAACAAUGUUUUAUGCAGUAAUACCUUUUUGAAAAUAAGUUCAAAAGGUUGACUAAUCUACUGUGACCUGUAACGCACUGUAAAACUAUAACGGAACAACAGUAGUUUAUACUAGUGGGAUUAGCUUAGAAAAACGUACAUUUAAUGCGUUCCGGUUGCAAACCGAAACAAAUGAUACAGAUAAAUCAAAACAAAAAGAUUUUUUUAAGCCUUACGAAAACAGAGGGAAAAAUUGGAAAAAAGAACGAAACAACAACAAAAAAAACAAAAAAACUAUGAAAAAAACAAUAACACAAUUUUGUUGAAAUUUAAAAAAAAAGAAAAGAUGGGUUGUCUUGAAUGAUCUGUAGUCAAGGUUUCAGUGUGUUAAAUAUUUAACAUUUUUCAUCUUUUGAUACAAUGUCACUAUUAUAUUAGGAUGAUUAUGUAGAUGUGUGUGUACAUGUAAAUGAUUGGUAUAUUAUACAUAACACCUUGUAAGUGGGUGUGUCCUGUUUGUUUUAUAACUCCUCCCCCAAACAAAACACGCCUCCCAAACAAAGAUACUUCACGAUGGAGCAUUUUUAGUUGCAGAUUUAUUUUCUUUAUUUCAUCAAAUUUUCUUAUCGUUUUUUUUCACAGUACGUUUAUUGACUUAUUCCUCAAAUUCUUUGGUCUCCAUGGUCAUUUACCUUCCGUAGAUUAACUCAAAAGUUGGAGCCUUGUUGAGGCUAAAAAUAGAUCGUCCAACUUUUCCUAAUAGUAUGGGUAUGGUUUUUUUUAGUACAUUUAAAAGCCAGCAUUGCAGAGUAUCCAUUGAUUUAAACAAAUAUCUCAUGAAAUGUUUCCAAUGGAUUAAGAGCAAAACUAACAUUACAUUUUGGUUCCAUGUUUAAAUUAAUUUUACUAUGAAUACUAAAAAAAAAACUGCAAAAAAAGCAUUCUGGAAAGAAUUGAUUGAUUGAUUUAUUAAUUUAUUGAGGUUAUAUAUAUGGAAUUAUUUUUUGAAAUAAAGAUAAUAAAAGGAAAUCUUCAACUAUAAAUGCAACAUUGAAGGUUAUUUCUCAAAUAAUGUACUACGUUAUGCAUGUUUUGUUACAAAAAUGAUUCAAGUUACUCCACUGAUUGAUUUUUAUGAAAAUGAAUUAAAUAACCUAAUGAGUAGAGAAAUUUUCUUCUUACUUAGUACUUUUCCAACAACAACAACAACAAUAAAAUAACGAAAAACAAGGGGUGAAUGAGAAGGGGAGGGAGAAAGAGGUAUGGUGUUGCUUUUAUUUAGACCAGAUAGUAUGGUAUUGAUUUUUAUAAAAGUAAUUAUUUAGCACAUGUUGUUUAUUAUAUUCAUUGAUAAGAUGUACUUCUCAUAAACUGUCAUUAAAAAACAUUACUGUUUUUCUUGUGUACACUUUUUUUUAUUUGGUGUAGUAGAAUUGUUGAGGCAUGAUUGGUUAGCUUAACCCGUGAACCUGCUGGAAACCGAAAUUGACCCGCUUUUGUUGCACCAAGUAUAGAACCGGGCCUGUCUCGCCCACUACUGCACUGUCUGUCUGAUUUGAGGUGGGUCUUUAUAUACUGUUGGGAGCUCAAUUAUUGAGAGUACUUUUGAUUACCAAAACCCCCUUUAAACUUUCAAUGGAUCGUUCCAAAUUAAAAAGCUGGGCAAAUCCAUUACACAUAUUCAGCGGAUUCAGGGUUUAAAUGUUGUAGUAUGUUGAUAUAUAUUUAUUUUGCUUUUGUUAAUGAUAAAACCCAGACAGUACAGUAUCCAUAAAUUUCAAUACUCCCCCCUGAAUCUGCUGAAUUUCAAGAAUGGACUUGUCCACAUUCUAUUUUUAGAACCUGACCAUUAUUUUACUAAUCUGUUGGAGGGGGGGGGGAUAAUGAGACAAAAAAUUUAAGUUUGCCUGCAGACAGUUUAGACCGUGGUGGGACUGCAGGAAAUGUAAAGACAGGCCUGGUUCCAUACUGGUGGCAAAGGCUGAAGCACUUGUGGUUCCAGCAGUGUGAGCGUGAAAGCACACCUUCGCCAUUAAGUUACAUGUAUAGACAUUAAGGGAUUGACAAAUAUUGUGGUAUUUUAUUUUUGCAAUUUUAAGUUCCCUUCAACAUACAGCAAAAUUUUUUAUCUAUUUAUUAAAAAAAAUAAUCAAUUUUUUUUUUUUUUUGUAAUAAUUUAAGGUUACAAGUAAUCACAUGAAUAAAGGAAACGUUAAAUUAAAAAGUUAUUUCCCUUUGGUCCAUUGUUACAUUACUUUAUGACAUCAGUUUCUGGUGAACAAGAAAGAAUACAAAGUGAAGUAAGGUAAUAUAAAAGUUUAAAAAAAAAAAAAAGAAUUUUAACUGAUGAAAAAUUGAUUUAACUUGCAUUUAAUUAAGGAAAAGUGGGGGAAAAAACUCAAUAAUUGUUACAUUUAGUCUUAAAUAUAUCUCUGAGAGGAAGCAAGAAGAAUGAUAACUGAUAUUUAAUAUUAUUUUUUUAGUAAUAAUAAGAUACACAUCAUAUCCCAAUCUCAAGCGAAAGAAAACUGAAAGGGAAAACCCCAGACAUGUCACUGCUUCAAUUUUGUCAGCCCUUUACAUGUACUUGAUAUUUUUAUGUACUCUUUGAGUUUUAGUAGGGAAAUGUGAUUUAAAUAGUUUCAUUAAAGAAAGUGCAAUGAUCAGACCAUUUAUAGUGACUAUCAUUUAUUACAGUACUAAUGUAUAAGCUUUUAUAUGAUAAUAAAUUUACUCGAAAUCAAUUUAAUUCAAUCUGAUCCAUUCUAAGCAUUUAUCCAAUUGGUCUAUUCUUAAUACAUUUUUGAUUGGUCCUUUUCUAAGUAGGUGUCUGAUUGGUCCAUUCUUUAGUAUAUAGCUGAUUGGUCCACUGUUUAGUUGUAUUGGAUCAUAAAGUGAAAAAAGAGACCAAUGGCAGAACUCCUUACAUUUCUUGACAGUUUGAUUUUCUUUCUAACUUCAUAGAAAGCAAUAUAACUUACACUGAAAAGGGGAAAAAAGAAAGCAACAAAAAAACCCCAAACAAAUGACUCUUUGUUCAUGCCAGUUAAGUUUUGGAUCAAUUUAUAAUUUCUGUUGGUACUGUAUUUUAGAUAAGAUCUAGUCUUUUGUGUUCAUAUUUUUCUUUUCUCUCCUUUUUUUCUUUGCUUCAUGUUUUAAAAACAUUGUCAAACAAGAACUCUUUCAUAUAAAGUGUGUACAUUUUUUUGUGUGUUCAAAUAUAUGGAAUUAUAUGUUAAAUGAUGCAUUUUUAGUAAUGUGUGAAGCAUUUAUUUUGUAUGUAAACAGGCCUAACUAUUUAGACUGAACAAUAGUUCAAUCAGACUGGUUAGUAUUUACAUUUCAUGACAGAAUUUUGUCCAUUUUGAUUGGUUAAUAUUUCUACUGAUGAAUGAGUGCAGAUUUCCAUCUUAAAUAGAUUUAUAAGCCCACUCUAUGUGGAUUUAUAAGUCCAUUUUAUGUGGAUUUAUAAGCCCACUUUAGGUACAUUUAAACCAGUGCAGGUUAUAAAAUAAUAUUGUAGUCUAGUAUUAACAUGAUUGGUUGAACAGUUUUGAACACGCUACCAAUUUAACUGGGCUGUUUAUUUGAGUUACCUACACCUGAAGGCACGGCAUACCAGGCUUAACAUAAAAAAAUAGAAUUUUUUGUAGAGUAUAUUACAUACUUUUGUGGGUACUAGAGCAGUAUGGGGAAUAUAAUACCCUGAAGUAAUCAUACAAAACAAGUUGAAUAUUUGAGUGUAUUAUACCCUUAGGUAAUCGUACAAAACAAGUUGAAUAUUUGAGUGUAUUUUACCCUGAGGUAUUCAUACAAAACAAUUUGAAUAUUUGAAUGUAUUGUACUCUUGAGGUAAUCAUACAAAACAAGUUGAAUGUUUGAGUGUAUUGUAUAAUAUUAUUUUACCCCUGAGGUAAACAUACAAAAGUUGAAUAAUUGAAUGUGUUGUAUAUUAAGCGUUAUUGUGCAUGUAUCUUUUUUUUAAAUCGAGGUAAACAUACAAGAAAAAAAUUGAAUGUGUUGUAUAUUUAAAUGUCAUUGAGUAUGUUUCCUUAGAUUGAAGUAAACAUACAAAUAAGGUGAAUGUGUUGUAUAUUAAAUAUGUUACCCAUUUCGGAGUUAAACAUACAAACAAGAUGAAUGUAUUGUAUGUUAUGACCUACCACUAUCUACUUAUUUUGUUGAAUUUUUCUAUUAAUGCGUAGAAAGAAAAAAAUCACAUCGAUUUUCAAAAUUGUAACUAUUGAAAAAUAACAAAACAACAUCAAAAAGAAAAAGAAAACAAAAAGCAAGCAUUUGCCUACGGAUUACUAGUAUAAAUACGGAGUGAGAAAAGGAAAUUAAAAAAAAAAUUAUGAUAAAAGCAUAAAAUUGUGAACUUUAAUUAACCAAGGACAACUGUCAUUUUGGGUAGACCUUUUUAUCUAGAGUUAAAUAAUACACUGUUAACGAAUUAAACUUUAGAACAAGUUGACAAUGGUGUUAUAUAAGGGGUAGUUGGUGGAAGGUGUUUAUACGUCAUAAUGUAUGUUGGCUUUUUAUCGUUUGUCAAGUGCUGCAUACUCAUUUUUGGAUUUUUAUUCUCUUUGUAUAAUGUUAAAAUGCCUAAGUUAUAUUUGUAUAGACUUUUAUCAUUAAAAUAUGUUGAUAAAGUGAAA